AUGUCUGAUCCACCCGCAGAGGGUAUUGCUAUUGCAGUAUCCACUCCAGAGCUUAUCGAUGAGAAGACCGCUGUCACGGUUCUGGAAAAGGAUGAGGCCCAAAUCAACGCGCUUGGUAAAAAUGACCGGGACUCUGCAGAUGCUGUCAUCGUCACUGGAGCCGAUGUGGCUGCUCAUCUUUUGCCGAUGCGAGAUGACUUCGACCCUACUUUGACAUUUCGCGCUGCUAUCCUGGGCUCCGGUCUCGCGGCCUUCCUGGCUGUCAUGACCCAGAUUUACACUUUCAAACCAACCCAAAUCAGCAUUUCAGGCGUUUUCCCCGUUCUUGUUUCCUACUUUAUUGGUAACGCCUGGGCCAAACUGCUCCCCCGCGGUGAUAAGUUUGAGGCGAGAUGGAGAGAACGAUAUGGGCAGGGCAGACUCCCUUGGUGGAUUACGAUCAUCAAGUUUGUGAAUCCUGGGCCGUUCGGCCUCAAGGAGCAUUCGAUCUCUGUGAUCACUGCCACGGCAGCCGGGUAUGUUACGGAUGCGACUAGUGUGUUUGCGGCACAAAAGCUGUUCUACGAUCUUCCUUUGAGCGCCACCACUGUCAUCCUAGGCAUCAUCUCUAUCGGUCUCUUUGGCUGUGGACUCUGUGGAUUCAUGCGCUCUUUCGCGGUAUGGGAUGUUGAGGCUGUCUACUGGGGUUCGCUGCCUGUUGUGAAAACUCUCCAAGGGCUUCAUUGGGACCGGGUCGAGAACUCAAAGCCACUGAAAGACUUCUGGUAUGCUUUCACGGGUAUGUCUCUUUAUGAGAUAUUUCCUGCAUACAUCUUUCCAUGGCUCAACUCUGUCUCCAUUCCGUAUCUGGCUUCGCAGAAAGCAACCGGCAACAAGGGUGCCAUACUUACCAAUCUUUUCGGCGGUGCUACUGCUAACGAAGGCCUCGGUCUCUUCUCUUUGUCCUUUGACUGGCAAUAUAUUACAUCGUCUUCAACCGCUAUUCCUCUCAAGUUGGUACUCCAUACUUUUGUGGGAACCGGCAUCUGCGCCAUGGUGAUGAUUGGGAUUUACUUCGGAAAUGCCUGGGGCUCGAGAUCACUGCCGUUCAUGGCGACUAACCUUCUUAUGGUCAAUGGCACAAAGUAUCCCGUGAGAGAGGCGUUUCCCGGUGGCUUGCUCGACAAAUCAAUCAUUGAAAAACAUGGACUGCCUCAGGUCACCGGGCCUUUGCAUUUGAUUGGCGCCCUGAUUCUUCACUGCAUCCUUUUCUGGCGCAAAGAUAUUUGGAGGGUAUAUCAACGCGCGAGGGAAGGUAAGCAUGAUGAUCCGCAUCACACUCACAUGGCCAAGCACUAUAAGGAUACCCCGUGGUGGUGCUUUGCUGGAAUUAUCAUCGUCAGCUUUGUCCUUGGUCUUGUCGUGGUGAUCAAAGAGAAUAUUACUCUUCCGGUCUGGGCGUACCUUGUCUCCCUAGCAGUAGGGAUUUUCAUUUCGCCUUUUAGCACCAUCCUCUUUGCUCGCUUCGGCAACGGCAUUGCCACCAACAACCUGUCAAAAAUGCUGGCUGGGCUCAUGCUUCCCGGUCGCCCAGUUGGUAAUAUGUACUUCGCUGCUUGGUCGCACAAUGUUGUCAUGUCUUCGGUCUCCGUGUCCACCGAUCUAAAUUUGGGCGAAUACCUGAAGAUACCCCCAAGGAUCAUGCUUUGGACUCAAAUGUAUGGCAUCAUACUUGGUGGAUUCAUCAACUAUGCUAUUUUGUCUUCCAUUAUCUCAGCGAACCGGGAUCUUCUUGUCGAGGGCAACGGAAACUCCUCCUGGAGUGGUGCGACCAUGCAAGCUUUCAACACGAAGGCGGCUUCCUGGGCCUUGGCUCCCUACUUGUACAAGAUCGGUGCCAAGUAUGAGCUGAUUCCUAUUGCCCUAGCUAUUGGUGCUUCUGCGGUGGUUAUCCAUAGGUCACUCUAUCAGAUUGUUCCCAAAAUCGGACGGUUUGACAUGUCGGAAAUUAACCUGCCACAAUUUAUCCAAUAUGCUGGUAAUAUGUCCAUGCAGCCGCAGACCUGCACUAUUCUCAGUGGGAUACUCUGUGGCUUGUUUAUCCAGGGUUACCUUCGAAAUUACCACCCACGCAUCUUCAAAGACUAUUCAUACAUUAUUGCUGGGGCCUUCGACGGUGGAAGCCUCUUUGUUGUCUUCAUUCUUUCUUUCGCCGUCUACGGAGCGGGUGGACCGUCUCGUCCGUUCCCACUAUGGUGGGGAAACAACCAAGAGGGACACGUUGACUGGUGUCCCGUUUCGAAGUAG